AUAUACAAUUUUAAGCCCGCGAAAAUGGUCUUGCGGCUAUUGAUGCGUUAUUUAGCAAAUAAUGAACAACUUAUACAACGUAUGGCUGAAAGUUAUCCUAUGCGCAGAGCGGCCCAAUUGGUGGUAUCGUUAAUGUAUCGUGCCAAAGAUUUGGCUCGAGAAAAGCGCCUUAACGAAAUGAGUCCGGAACGCUUCAAACAAUUCAUGCAAGCUUUCAAAACAAACGUUAAACAAGAGAUUGAAGGCGUUAAAGAAGAAAUAAAAAAGAAGAAGUAGUAAAAAAAGAAAGGAGUAGAAUGAAUAUUAUGUGUAUUUUUCUAUGUAUAUAUGUAAACUUGUGCAGAUGCUUGAUUAGGGAUAUAAUGAACUGAUAAAAUAAAUCUUCUUUAUUU